AUGGAAGUCACAGUCCCCUCACGGAUCUUAUCCUGCGGGGCUCUCCGCCCGAGCAGCGGCGGCGGUGUCGGCGGCCGGCGGCGGGGAAGCCGGAGUAGCGCUUACCCCGCUCCUGCGUGUUCUUCUUCCUCUUCUUCUUCCUGUCCUCUGUCGACUGCUGGGGUUUCCGUGAGGGCUUCCCUCACGACCGGCUUCAUGGGGUCCUUGGCCGGGGGGAGCUUGUCCAGCGAUCUUUGCGGCCAGAAGCUUCGUGUUCCUUCCCUGAGGUUGCCUUUAUCUGGCUCCAAGGGCAAGAGGGGUGUUGUCACCAUGGUAUUUCCCCGACCGUGACUCCGUCUUUUUUUUUCUUUGCUUUCUCGUGCUGUGGGAUUUGAAUGUUCUCGUCGUCUUUGGAUGACGCUUUUUCUGAAGAUUUAAGUUGAUGCGCGGGGAAUGAUUUUUUUCCAAAGCAUUUCGGCUUGUUGGAUUGGUGUUAGUGAGUGCUCGUGAAUAUAAUGUUCGCUAAAGAGGAAUUCUCCGAUCCGUUCUUGAUGGCUAAGGGGCACACUGAUGUAACUUUUAAUUGAAUUCUCAGCAUCAAAAAGGAUGAAAUCUAUCAGACUAAUUGACGGUGGCUGAUGACAGUAGAUUUCCCAAACUUGCAUUGGAUGAGUGAUUUAGGCGUCCUUGCCCAGAAUACCUCUCCACUUUCAGAAGAGUGUAAGUAUUCUUCUAUCCCAAAUCAUAUAAUGAAUGUUAACAUGGUUUUAUCCCUCGAGUAUGUGGAAGGGUGACGGAGAACAGCUUGAAGAUGCUGGGUCUUUAGGGCGACCAGUUCAGCUAAGUGGGUUCAAGUGAUCAUGUAUCUAUGGUUCAGCUGGUAUUUAUGAUCUUUAUUAUCCAUCCUACCUAAGAAUGGUAGAUAUGUAGCUCAACUUGUUGCCAUAUCUGCUUGAUGCAAAGCCAUAUGCUUCACGACUUCUGUGGUGAGGAAAGGGAGGGGGUGCAAGAAGGAGCAAGGGAGAUCGUGCUGAAAGUGGAGUCUGUGAAGAAGGUCGCCAUCGAAAAGCCAUAUGGUGGGAUCUUCGAGUCAUAAGGAGUGGGAAGAAAAGAGGAAGUGCGAGGGAGGGAGAGUUGUGUCAAUUAGUAAGGAUUAGCUGUUUCGGUUUUGUGAAGUCAAACCAAAGUAUUCAUAAUACAAGACAGUCGCAUCUAAUUCGGCAUCAAAGUUGUGGUGAGCCUCAUGGAAAUUCGACUAAGGAAACAGAAUCUAUGUGCAAGCAUGAAACCCAGACUUCUGGCGUAGAAAGCAAAUAGUAACAUGACAUUUGAGCUAGUAAGAGAGAGAGAGAGAGAGAGGGAGAGAGAGAGAGAGACUAUAAACCAGUUAGAAGUUCAGACAUGUAUAAGAUACCAAGGAUUUUCAAAGAUUAACUGAAAAAAUCAUUAUGAAGUACUUGUGGGCAUCUUUCUUGUCAAAAAGGUUAUGAACAAUGUUCAGAAUCCUUAUUGCCAUUGAAUGUCAUUUGCACAGAAAGCCGUAAGAGUAUGAAAAUGAUAAGGAGAAAAGUACAAGUCAGUGUGGGGAAUGAAGGGGUAGAGGGGUAUCUGGUGGACCUGUAGCCUUGAAUUUUUUUAAGUCAAUCAAGGUGACAAAGGAAAGUUUAGGGACGUGAAGUAUGCUCUUGGAGUUAAUCAUAUUUUUUCCAUAUGAAUUUCUGUAUUUUUAUCUAGGAAAUUUUCUUCUUUUUCCUUGCUUGGCAGUGAUGGCUAUGGUGUGGCACAACAUGUAUGCAUCCAAUAACAGUGGCAACACUAGAUUGAGAGUAGUUGCUUUGAUUCCACAAUCUCUGAAACACUAAGCGUAUUAAAUGUUUAGAGGGAUAUAUGGCACGUGUGUGUAAUAGAAUGCAUACCUCCAUGUGUGUAUGUAUAUAUUUAUAAAAGGGAGAAAUCUGUUAUUCAAACUCUUACUUCUGCAUAUUAUCUGCAAAAUUAUUUUAUGAAGUCGUGUUUUGUCCUGCACGGCAGUUAGAUAAUGUGCCUGGAACGGUUUUCUAUAUUCAUAUCCCCAACAUUACAUUAAAAAUGUGAAGAAAACCAGGUGUCUCUGGUAUUCUUAUAUUUGUGUAUGGUGUCAUAAUAUUUUGUUUAUUUUAUUUUCAGGUAAUUCCUUUCUUAAGAGGAAAUGCUUGGGAGCAGCCACCCCCUGACCUAGCAUCGUACUUGUACAAAAACCGCAUUGUGUACUUGGGGAUGUCUCUCGUCCCAUCUGUGACCGAGCUCAUGCUUGCAGAGUUUCUCUACCUACAAUAUGAAGACGAGGAGAAGCCAAUCUAUCUCUAUGUAAAUUCUACUGGUACCACGAAGGUGAAUAUGUUUUCCAGCUGCUCUAUGUGACAUGACAAAUGAGGAUACGAGAAGGUUUAUAGCACCUGCCUAGCUAUUAUUGAGUAGAUCUGUGUAGGAGUCACUGUUAAUAUUCGAUCUAUGUGCAUGUAACGUCACAGAUAAUCUUCAAUCUAUAUGCAGGUUCAUCUACCCUGAAGGGUCCACCAUCAUUUAUAGGAUAGUAUUUAAGUGCUCUAGUAGAGAGAGUCUGAGGCUAAUUGUAAUGCUAAACAGUGAAAGUUCAAUUAUAGUCGGUUAAUGUAAUGGCAACCCAGAGACUAGCCCUGUAGUUGAAUUGUAACUCAUAUUGACCAUAAUGACUAACCAGCUGAUCCUGUAGUUCAGUAGUUCUAGUCGUAUUGAGCAUAUUCGGAGCAUCCAUGAACUUAGUCAUGCUGUGAUAACCAUGGUUUGUAGGACGUGGCACCGUUGAUUAUGCCGAAUGGAAUCUAUUGAUCAAUACUAUCUCAGUGUCAUGCAAUAGUCCAAUCAAUGUAUGGUUGAUCUAUGUAUAGAUUAACACUCAUAACAUCGAACCAAUUAACGAAACAUCAUUAGCGUUGAGAGAUCAUUACUACCUCCAUCCAGCAGUCCCACGUAAUUGUUUAAUCAAUGUUGAGUCAGUUUGUCUAUUCAAAGCUAAGUCACGAUUUUGUACGGUUUCAGUCUAUGCUCAACAUCAAUAAACUGGUUCACAUGGCAACAAGAAGCGGUUUGAAUCUAAGCCCAUGUAGUCCUUUGAGUGUAAUGAACAACGUCUAUAACAGGAAAAUUCUGGAGAACCAUUGACCUAUAACGACCGGACCUUGUUCUGCAUUACAUAUUACAUUGGAAGAAAUUUCAAGAUAUUCAGAAAAAAAACUGCUGCUGGCUUCUUUUACCAACUUUCCUCUGGGCACUUCGCAGACUAUGGAACAAUAAUACUUUUUAGGAAUCUCUUGCAUGCUUUUCUUAUGGUAAACAUGGAACUAUCAGUGAAGUAAUUAUUCGUUGAUGGAAAAGAAACUAGAUAAGACUGUGACAAGAUUUAAUGGUGGUAUGGUUAUUGUAAAUGUAGCAUAAGAAUAUGAUAGAAUGCUCUUUAUCUUUGGAUAUACCAAACGAUCAAGUGACCACUGCUACUCUAGUACAGGGUAAUACACGAUUGAAUUUAUUUUUUCAGUUUGCAGCAGUGAUGAUUUUUUUACCGGGGAAUAUGAAUCGACGGUUUCUCAUCCCUUUUUCGAACCGUGUUACCCUUAUGUACGAUUACGAAUAGGAGCUGUAGGGAGGUCAAUCUGUAAUGUACCUUUCCUUUAAUUAAAUAGAUCCUAGACUCGGACAGCCUCCCCCUAAGAACUCAAAAUGAGACUCAUUCUAUUACCGAGUUAGCAUCUGUAAAGGGGAAAAGAAAACUAAUGUCAAUGCUCAAUGCUAUGAGGAAUCCAUUUCCUUUCUUUCUUCUAGAAGUUGACUGAAGAACAAGGAUAAACUUGUUCCCGUGUUUUUCCUCAGAUAAAUAUUCACAAAUGUUUUUGAUAACUUUGCUUUUAUUAUUUUUCUGGUUUCCCUGCAAUUACAAUUUCAUUGACUUUAAAUUCUCUUAUGUUGCAUUCUACUUUACUGUUAAAGAUGUAAAUAUACGUGCGUGUAGCAAUUAUUUUUUACUGUUAUUCAACUGUCGUCUCUGAUGGGGGAAAAUUAUCUGCAGGGUGGAGAAAAAUUGGGGUAUGAGACGGAGGCCUUUGCUAUUUACGACGUUAUGAGGUAUUAAUUCAUAUGAUGAAGUUCUUUAUCUCAACAUGCUCAUCAAUCAAUUCAACUCUAUGCAUUUUUUUGUGGAGGCGUGGAAUGAAAAGAAAUUUGUUCUCAGAAGCAUCUAAUAGAAUCUCAAAAUAUUGGUUAAAUCCCAUGCGGUUGAAAUGCUUUUAUAUAUGAACGAUUGACCAAUGUUCCGAAGGCAUAUUUUCUGGUUGAUACAAAAAGUUUGCCUUUAGGAAGCCUUUAGGAAUUCAAUAUCAAAAGAAAUAGCUUAUUCUGCAUCCAAAUGUGGUCAUAUAAUGUAGAAAAAAUUGUGGGGAAUCCCUUUUUUUUAAUCAAACUAGGAAUCGAUCUCUUGGAUUUUUAAAACUCUAGAGAGAGACAAAGUGCCUCAUUCAACAUGAUGGUAAUUGAUAUUUUCUCUCUCUAGAUACGUCAAACCACCAAUAUUUACCCUCUGUGUGGGCAAUGCGUGGGGAGAAGCUGCACUGCUGCUGGCUGCUGGUGCAAGAGGGAACCGUGCAGCUCUUCCUUCAUCAACGAUUAUGAUCAAACAGGUGACAUAUACUGAUUUUUUUCUUUCUCUCUCUCUCUCUCUCUCUCUCUCUCUCUCUCUCUCUUGUUCAAUGGGAAAUAUCACUGCGUGUCCGUUGGUGACAGCCCAUCGCUCGGUUCCAAGGCCAAGCAACAGAUAUCGAGCUCGCAAGGAAGGAAGUGAGAAAUGUGAAGGCUGAGCUGGUAAACUUCUAUCACACCAUGUUUUCCCCUUUUUAGGGAUGAAGAAACAGUCUUCACAUUUCUAUGAGUUGAUUCCCAGACAUGGGGAUCGUAACAGUUGGCCCAUGUUGACUAUUAUAGAAAUAAAAGCAAUAAUUUUGAGAAUAUUUCGACAAAACAAAGCCCAAAAAAGGAACUGGUGCUCAUGAAGAUUGGUCACUAUAUCAUAUCUAUCUUGCUCUGAAUUAUAAUUUUCAUAAAGAAAAAAGGUUAUAUUUCAGUAUGAAUUCUAUUAUUUUCUAAUGCCGAAUUGUUUUAUAUUUCUUUGAGGGAUGAGGAUCGUAGGCCUCUCUGAUUCCAACUUCCCAAAGUACCCAGCAUGCUUCUCUGCGGAAUAAUUAUUCUAAAACUCUCGCUAUCUCUCUCUACUUCUCUCUCUCUCUCUCUCUCUCUCUCUCUCUCUCUCUCUCUCUCUCUAACAAGACUGAUGCUAGAAAACUGUUUCAAGGUGAAACUAUAUGCGAGACACACAGGGCAGACUACUGAGCAGAUCGAGACAGACAUCAGACGGCCAAAAUAUUUCAGCCCCAGUGAAGCCGUUGAAUAUGGCAUCAUCGACAAGGUUUGUCAAUAAUACCGAGAAAAGCUAGAUGAAUACUAUAUUUGCAGAUAAUUAGCCCUUUGACCUUUCAUGAAUUAUGACAUGUCGUCUGAGAUUUUCUUCUUCUUUUUGUAGGUCUUGUACAAUGAGAGGGGCACAGAUGAUAAGAGCGUGGUUUCAGACCUAAAAAGGGCCCAGCUCAUAUAG